AGUCUUUUAUCAUCGCUCCUGCAAUGCAGUCGUAAUUUACUAUUGGGGCUUAUUGUGUAUGUAUACAGAAACGGGCAUGUUGUUAAAAAUGUGCACACAUUCGAUGAUAUUGCACUUUAUAGAAUUAAACAGCACUUUGCAGCAUUAACAUAUCAAUACUUUUACUGCACUUCUAAAAACUGUCUGAUAUGACAAUUUUGAAUUAAUCACACAAAUCGCAUUCGCACAAGUAGAUUUUAGUCAUCACAAGUACGACAGUCAAAAAUCAAGAUGCUGCAUUUUACAACUACACUUACGUUGUUAAUAUUCAAUGAAUUGAUAUCUUUAGCUCUCGCCUUACCACAUAACAAGGGCACGGGAGAAGUAAUAAUGGCUAAGAAUGGAGUACAAGCAGAGCCCACGUGUGAAGAAUUAAAGGCUAUGUGGAGAUUUUCUAAAAGACAAUCCAGAGCUGCAGAAAUAACCAAUGAAAUACCAAUGUAUAGAGAUCCAUUCAGAGACAACGUAUGGACUCCUUACUUUGCCACAUCAAGAAGUAUUGGAGGGCAAAAAAUAGGCCGUUACAGAAAUCAACCAAUUUUUGGUACUAUUGUUCACAAUCCACCAUACAUGAGAAAACAGAAUUCUGCUGAGAGAUAUAAAGCAUUCGAAGAAGUUGCUAGACUAUACGGCAUGCCUGUAGCUGCAGAACCAAGACGAAAAGUUACAACGUUUCGGUUGCCCGGAGGAGGACGAAUAAGAACUGUUGGGAUUCCUCCAGUCCAAGGCAGUUUUCAACAUUUGAAGGAAUUAAUUAAAACAGAACGAGCUCGUGAGCUGGAACAACAAAGAGCGAGUGAGGAGGCAGCAGCAAGAGCUGCUGCUCUCAAAGAUAUGACAAAAGGAAAACCAAGAUUGCACAGUUAUUUGGAUGGUUAUGAAUACCUGUCUGAUGAAGCGAAUUACGAACCUAGCGAAUUUAACACACCAAAACCGGGACUUUUAUCAUUUCCCGAUCCCUUGGCUCCAACUGCUAGACAUAUGAACUUUAGAAUGACACCGGAUUACGCAUAUACCAGAAGUGGAGGCCGUUUCAAAACUUACAAACCUACACUUUUUGAUGCUCCAUUUCCAGACGGCUACAGUGGUUAUCUACCAUAAGCAUUUGAAGUCAAUAUGUUAGAUAUUAUGUGUGUUAUACCACCCUCCUUCACAUGUUCUAGCAAAGAUGACAACCCGAUAUUUCAUAAACUUUAAUAUAUGAGGUAUCGAUUACAAAAUGCAAAGUUAUAAGGAAACAGUGUUAGACUGAUUAACCCAAGUCGUUUUGUUGUUUAAACUCCAUAUUUGUGCAUAAAUAUUUAGUAUAUAUUUAUGUAUUUUAUCUAUGAACUGAUUUAGAGUUGAUAGGCUUUUUCCCUAGCUUCAGAACAAAGAUUGAAUAUUUUUGUAAGUGCCAGAAAAUGUGAAUGCAAAAUUCUCAAUGACAAAGAAUUCAAUUCUAAAAUGGCUACAGAUAAAUUAAUGUUUCAACAUUGAGAUAUUUGCUAUUCAAAAGUUUUUCCAAUAUUGCAGUAAAUAAUAAAAUCCAUUAUAAUACUUCAAAUGCAUAAAUUACAAAACAUUCCUUCAAUUAUUAUCUGGCAGUUAUUAAAAUAAUAAAAUAUUUUUGUAGUUCUUCAUUUUAGGUAUUAAUUAUCUGUGACUGAUCAAAGAAAAUUCUCAAGUCUGGAAUAUAUAUUUAUAAAUAUAUAAUAUAUGUACAAAAUGUAUUGGGAUAGAUAUAUUUUCAAUUUAUAUUAUUGUUUAGUGGAGGCUGGAUAGACUAAUUUGAGUGGUAUGAAAAAUAUUUUUAUCGCAAUCCAUUUUAGCUUUUGUACAAUCAUAGUAAUUAUUUCCACUAAAUAAAUUUGUACGUAUUAGAUUAUCACGCCUUGAAAGAGCUAUGUAUUGUUAAUAUUUUGAAAACUCUAAAAAAAUAGUUGAAAAAGUCCAAAUUAGUAAAUUAUACUCUAGAUUCUUUGUAUUCAGUCUUCCAUAAAAAACUUUUAUGACAAAAAGACAAAAACCUACGAAUUUAGUAUUAUUUGCAUUGCAUACCCAAUCAUUUAAAAUUGCUAUAAAUUUACUUCACAACCAAUAAGUACCUAAUUGUAAUUUCUACAAAUAGAUCAUUCAAGGUAUCUUUGAUACACGCUGUAUAAAUAUCAAUUUGAACUAAAAAUAGGUAAUAUUACAUAUCUUCAACUAAACGGUAGCUCCAAAAUUAAAAUAUUUUAGAGUAGUGUAUCAAUUAAGGGGACAUACAAAUUUGACGUAAAAUUAAUUGACAAUAAGCAAGAAUUUAUAAGAAGGCUUGGUAGCUUUAUCAUGUAAUGAACAAAUCCAAAACUCAAAAUAUACAAAUUGUUAUUCUAUUUUUAUAUAUAACAUAUAUACAAGUUCAGUUAAAACAUUUAAUAUAAAUGAAAGUUUUAA